GGAUUGUCCGGAAAUGCCUGCAGUUUCAGGACGUUCGUCUCCAUGGGGCUGCGUGACUGGGUCACCAUUACCUUCGCGUGGCUUGCUGUCGCGGACUCCUUUUUUCUGAUGGCCGUUGUCGUCAUCUCAUUUGCAUAUUUUGUGGCCGCCAUUGAGCAGUGGAACAGCGGCAGUGGAUUUAUGUUUCCGGCAGAUCCAUUUGCUGUCGGCAUAUUUUUUGUCAACUGCGGAGGCGGUCCUUACACACUGACCAUGCUGACCACCACGUUCAUCGCACUGGCGAGAUGCAUGGGCGUGGUCAAACCGCUGACCUUCAGGCACUCGUUUUCCAGAAUGAGAACCGUGGCAAUACUGUCGACUUUCUCCGUGUUGUCUCUCCUUAGCGUCAUCCCAAUUUUAAUCUUCAUGGACUUAAAACGACGCGAAGGCCCAGCGGCCAACUCCACGAGGCUCUUCCUGUGGCUAUCGCAGGAUCGCAAGCAGGUCAAGGACAUUCUCUGGCCAAUCAGAGACGCGUUUCUCCCUCUCUCGGCGCAGGUCAUCCUCUUGCUGUGCGUCUACUUCAUGGCCGGAAGUCUUCACGAGUCUUCUCGGUUCAGACGCGCUGACACACGUCAAUCAAAACACCUGCCGGCGAAUGCGCCGAGCCACACACGUGACUCUUUGAAAGCUGACGGCCUUCAAGGUCGCGAUGCUCAGAAAACCUCCAACCCGACUUUUCAUUUGAGCGGCAAAGAGCUCAAGGUCAUCCAACAGAUGCUGUUCAUCUCCUCCAUCUUCAUCGUCUGCAACACGCCCAAGAUCGUGUUGAAUUUGACAGAACUCUGUUUCCCAGAGUUCAACAUUGCGGAUGACCUGCAGGGCGUCUACUACACGAUGGUCAACAUCAGGGAUUUCUUCCAGACCGUCAACUCCAGUGUGAAUAUAUUUAUAUAUUAUCAUUACAGUUCCAAAUUCCGUCAACAUUUCAAGGAACUCUUC